UAGUCACGUGUUUAGCCAGCGUGUCGAACUUGGCACUGAUUUUUGUAUUUACAUUUUGUGGUUUAAAUUUUGAGAUUCAAACAACAAAACAAAAUGAAAACCAACCAGAAAAAAGAGAUAUCACCAAAUUGGAAAAUAUUACGUUAUCAGGAAAUGUUGCGAAAAAAUCAAAAUAAUAUCAAUGUUGGUGGUGGUAAACGUAAAAUAACGAAAAAGACAAUUGUUAAUGGUGUGAAAACAAACACCACAGUCGAUACAAAAGUUAAUGAUAUCACCAAUGGCAAUAAUAGUGUUAAAAAAAUUUUAAAUAAAUUUGGUCUUCAAGAAAAUGAAAACAAAAUCUGGUUCGAUGGUGUGGAUCCACAUUUGAUUCGAGCUACGCAAUUUCCAUCCAAUUCAAAUCUAUGUCUUGAGAAAUCAUCAAAAGAACUAACGAAUGCAGUGGCCAUCGAUUGUGAAAUGGUCGGCACCGGAUAUGGUGGUAGUAAUUCAGCAUUGGCUCGUGUUUCAAUGGUCAAUUUAUAUGGACAUUGUAUCUAUGAUAAAUAUGUAAAACCAAUUGAAAAAGUGACCGAUUAUCGUACAAUGGUUUCUGGUAUUCGUCCUGAACAUCUUAAGAAUGCUAUCGAUUUUAAGACUGUACAAAAUGAAGUAUCCAAAAUAAUUGAUAAUAGAAUUUUAGUUGGUCAUGCUGUUCAUCAUGAUCUUAGUGUAUUAUAUCUAUCACAUCCAAAACAAAUGAUUCGUGAUACAAGUGUCUAUUUUAAACGUUAUUAUUGUGGCCGUACACCAUCAUUGAAAAGAUUAGCACAAGUACAUUUAAAUGUAACCAUACAGGAUGGUGAACAUGAUUCCAUUAUUGAUGCUCAAGCAACAAUGCGUUUAUAUACAUUAUUUAAAAAAGAAUGGGAAUCACGAUUGACAUCUAAUUCAAAACGAAAAAAGAAAAAAAAGAUGAUCAAGGAAUCUAAAUCUGAAAUAUAAUAGCCAAACAAAUCGAGAGAUAAUAAACAAUUUUAUAUUUAUUUCCA